AGGGAGGGGGCGUUCAAUGAAGGGGAAGAGGCGGGGCGAAGGGAGGAGGCGGGCCCAGGGUGACUGACGCGAGCGCCGGGGAGCCAAUGGCCUGCGGGGGGCGUUCCCCCCCAUUCAGGACUCCUCGCCUGGCUCGGAAGGUUUCAUAGUGCACCCCGAGCAUGAACGCAGAAUGAAGCGGCGUCUGGAUGACCAGGAGUCACCGGUAUAUGCGGCCCAGCAGCGUCGGCUCCCUGGCAGCACAGAGGCCUUUCCUCACCAGCACCGGGUGCUUGCUCCUGCCCCUCCAGUGUAUGAAGCAGUGUCUGAGACCAUGCAAUCUGCGACAGGGAUUCAGUACUCUGUAACACCUAGCUACCAGGUUUCCGCCGUGCCCCAGAGCUCCGGCAGUCAUGGGCCCGCCAUAGCAGCCGUGCACAGCAGCCACCACCACCCAGCAGCUGUGCAGCCCCAUGGAGGCCAGGUGGUCCAGAGUCACGCACACCCAGCCCCACCAGUUGCACCAGUGCAGGGACAGCAGCAGUUUCAGAGGCUCAAGGUGGAGGAUGCGCUGUCCUAUCUUGACCAGGUGAAGCUGCAGUUUGGCAGUCAGCCUCAGGUCUACAAUGAUUUCUUGGACAUCAUGAAGGAAUUUAAAUCUCAGAGCAUCGACACUCCGGGAGUGAUUAGUCGUGUGUCCCAGCUGUUCAAAGGCCACCCUGACCUGAUAAUGGGCUUCAACACUUUCUUGCCCCCUGGCUACAAAAUUGAGGUGCAGACCAAUGACAUGGUGAAUGUGACAACUCCUGGCCAGGUUCAUCAGAUCCCUACCCAUGGCCUCCAGCCCCAGCCCCAGCCACCAGCCCAGCAUCCCUCCCAGCCUUCAGCCCAGUCGGCCCCAGCUCCUGCACAGCCAGCUCCUCAGCCUCCACCUGCCAAAGUCAGCAAGCCUUCUCAACUGCAAGCACAUACUCCAGCCAGUCAGCAGACUCCCCCGCUCCCACCGUACGCAUCCCCACGUUCUCCACCGGUCCAGCCUCACACACCAGUGACAAUCUCGUUGGGAACAGCCCCAUCCCUGCAGAACAAUCAGCCUGUGGAGUUUAAUCAUGCUAUCAACUACGUUAAUAAGAUCAAGAACAGAUUCCAGGGCCAACCGGACAUCUACAAAGCAUUCCUGGAGAUUUUGCACACAUAUCAGAAAGAACAGCGAAAUGCCAAGGAAGCCGGAGGGAACUACACUCCAGCACUGACAGAGCAGGAGGUGUAUGCCCAGGUCGCUCGCCUGUUCAAAAACCAGGAAGAUUUGUUGUCAGAGUUUGGACAGUUCCUGCCAGAUGCCAACAGCUCGGUGCUUUUAAGCAAAACAACCGCUGAGAAAGUCGAUUCGGUGAGAAAUGACCAUGGAGGUACUGUGAAGAAGCCCCAGCUAAACAAUAAGCCGCAGAGGCCCAGCCAGAAUGGCUGCCAGAUCCGCAGGCACUCUGGGACGGGGACCACCCCACCAGUGAAGAAGAAACCCAAAUUGAUCAGCCUAAAGGAUUCUUCCAUGGCAGACGCCAGCAAGCAUGGUGUAGGAACGGAAUCGUUAUUUUUUGAUAAGGUUCGAAAGGCUCUGCGGAGCGCAGAGGCCUAUGAAAAUUUCCUGCGCUGUCUUGUUAUUUUUAACCAGGAGGUGAUCUCUCGGGCUGAGCUUGUGCAGCUGGUCUCUCCUUUCCUGGGGAAAUUCCCCGAAUUAUUUAAUUGGUUUAAAAACUUUCUGGGCUAUAAGGAAUCUGUACACCUGGAAACCUUUCCAAAGGAACGAGCAACAGAGGGUAUUGCCAUGGAGAUAGAUUACGCCUCCUGCAAACGGUUGGGCUCCAGCUAUCGAGCCCUUCCGAAGAGUUACCAGCAGCCCAAGUGUACAGGACGGACCCCUCUCUGUAAAGAGGUCUUGAAUGACACCUGGGUGUCUUUCCCUUCAUGGUCUGAGGAUUCCACCUUUGUUAGUUCCAAGAAGACUCAGUACGAAGAACAUAUUUAUCGUUGUGAAGAUGAACGCUUUGAGCUCGAUGUAGUUUUAGAGACCAAUCUGGCAACCAUCCGGGUUCUGGAAGCAAUACAGAAGAAGCUCUCCCGCUUGUCUGCUGAGGAACAAGCCAAGUUUCGCUUGGACAAUACCCUCGGGGGCACCUCAGAAGUCAUCCAUCGGAAAGCGCUGCAGCGGAUAUACGCAGACAAGGCGGCCGACAUCAUCGACGGGCUGAGGAAGAACCCCUCCAUCGCCGUCCCUAUUGUCUUGAAGAGGUUGAAGAUGAAAGAGGAAGAAUGGCGAGAAGCUCAGCGAGGCUUUAACAAAGUGUGGCGAGAGCAGAAUGAGAAGUACUACUUGAAGUCUCUGGACCACCAGGGCAUUAAUUUCAAGCAGAAUGACACCAAGGUCCUGCGGUCUAAGAGCCUGCUCAACGAGAUCGAGAGCAUCUAUGACGAGAGGCAAGAGCAGGCCACGGAGGAGAAUGCUGGGGUGCCUGUCGGCCCACACCUGUCGCUCGCCUACGAGGACAAGCAGAUCCUGGAAGAUGCAGCCGCGCUCAUCAUCCACCAUGUGAAGAGGCAGACAGGCAUUCAGAAGGAGGACAAGUACAAGAUCAAGCAGAUCAUGCACCAUUUCAUCCCCGACCUCCUCUUCGCUCAGAGAGGGGACCUCUCAGAUGUGGAGGAGGAGGAAGAGGAAGAGAUGGAUGUCGACGAAGCCACAGGAGCAGCCAAGAAGCACAAUGGUGUCGGGGGCAGUCCCCCUAAGUCCAAGCUGCUGUUUAGUAACACGGCAGCCCAGAAGCUGCGGGGGCUGGACGAAGUGUACAACCUUUUCUACGUCAACAACAACUGGUACCUCUUCAUGCGGCUGCACCAGAUCCUCUGCCUGCGGCUCCUGCGGAUCUGCUCCCAGGCCGAACGGCAGAUCGAGGAGGAGAACCGCGAGCGGGAGUGGGAGCGGGAAGUGCUGGGCAUAAAGCGGGACAAGAGCGACAGCCCUGCCGUCCAGCUGCGCCUCAAGGAGCCCAUGGACGUGGACGUAGAAGAUUAUUACCCAGCUUUCCUGGACAUGGUGCGGAGCCUGCUGGACGGCAACAUAGACUCGUCUCAGUACGAAGACUCGCUGAGAGAGAUGUUCACCAUCCACGCCUACAUCGCCUUUACCAUGGACAAACUCAUCCAGAGCAUUGUCAGACAGCUGCAGCACAUCGUGAGUGAUGAGGUCUGUGUGCAGGUGACUGACCUGUACCUGACAGAGAGCAGCAACGGUGCCACCGGGGGCCAGCUAAGCACGCAGACGGCACGCAGCCUCCUGGAGUCCACGUAUCAGCGCAAGGCGGAGCAGCUCAUGUCAGACGAGAACUGCUUCAAGCUCAUGUUCAUUCAGAGCCAAGGCCAGGUUCAGCUGACCAUUGAGCUUUUGGACACGGAGGAGGAGAACUCGGAUGACCCCGUGGAGGCGGAGCGCUGGUCAGACUAUGUGGAGCGAUACAUGAACUCCGAUACUACCUCCCCUGAGCUGCGUGAACAUCUGGCUCAGAAACCAGUGUUUCUCCCGAGGAAUCUGCGGCGGAUCCGGAAGUGCCAGCGUGGCCGAGAGCAGCAGGAGAAGGAAGGGAAGGAAGGGAACAGCAAGAAGACCAUGGAGAACGUGGACAGCUUGGACAAGUUAGAGUGCAGAUUUAAGCUGAAUUCCUACAAGAUGGUGUAUGUGAUCAAGUCAGAGGACUACAUGUACCGGAGGACUGCCCUGCUACGAGCGCACCAGUCCCAUGAGCGUGUGAGUAAGCGGCUGCAUCAGCGGUUCCAGGCCUGGGUAGAUAAAUGGACCAAGGAGCACGUGCCCCGGGAAAUGGCAGCAGAGACCAGCAAGUGGCUCAUGGGUGAGGGGCUGGAGGGCCUGGUGCCCUGUACCACCACCUGUGACACAGAGACCCUGCACUUUGUGAGCAUUAACAAGUACCGUGUCAAGUACGGCCCAGUGUUCAAAGCCCCCUAACUGCAGAGCCAGGAACAGGUGACUAGGGGUGUGUGUGUGGGUGUAGGUGUGUGUGUGUGUGUGUGUGUGUAUCGAUGUGGGCAUUUGCACUCACACACAUUGAAGAAACGAGGAAGAUGCCUUUCACGCCUCCUGGGCCUCUCUGGGACAUGGCCCCUGACCCGUGCAGCUGGUGCACCCCGGCCCUGGGCAGGCACACAUGGAAGGUGGGUACUUACCCGACUGACGCCGGGACUUCUGCCACGGGUCGGAAACCGAGCCUGCCCGCAGGGGAGCAGGUCCGUGCAGGCCUAGAGACGAGCAGUGCUUGCACACCCCAGCAGAGCUCGGGUGGAGUCCCUGGGGCCUGGCCUGCAGGGAGGGCACCAGGGGCCGCUCACUCUGCCAGGAUGGAGGCACAUUGACCCAUCGGACUGGGGAAGGACUUGCCGCACACAUGGACGGGACUGUAAUGGCCGCCACUACUUUCUCUCCUCUCAGAAAGGAAAAAACUGGAUUUGAUUUGUUUUCUUCCGGUCACUUGAGCACAUCUAAAAUCACUCAUUAGGUUUGAUCCAGGAUCUACAGUUUGGCUUUGGGCUUGACCAUCUUGUGGAUUUGUUCCUGACUAAUCCCUUGCUGCCCACCCUCUUCUCUCCCUUCUGGUUCUCCACCUCAGCAAAUCACGCGUCCUUUCUAGCUCCCGUGGAACUGUUUUGUACCUGCGCCUUUACUAGCCUACCCCAGUGCCACCCACCAGCUGCACUCUGACACACAUGUGCACACACACACACACACACUUUUAACUUGUUCUUUUUUUGUAAAUAAUGUAUAUACUGUCAAUUUUUUAUUAAAAGAAAUAUGCUUUCAUGUGCUAGCAUAACUGCUCUAGCUUCUUGUGUACCAUAGUACCAUGUGGCUUCAGAUUUAGUACCUAUGAACAGAUGUACAAGACAUUUAUUACACUUUUUACCAAAGGGAGUUACCAUUGUAGUACUUUUGUGUAAAACUUGUCUUCCCCUUUGCCCCCCCCCCCUUUUUUUUUGUAAAGAAAUAAAGCUUGGUUCUUUCUUAAGGAAUAAACUCUCAACCCAAGUCCCUUGUCCUCACCAGAGAACUACUGUGAAGCUGGGAUAUUGGCUUCAGUCCCUUACCCAGGGUACAAGCGGGAUUUGCUUUAAGUAAUUAAUAAUCACACUUAUCCCAAAUCAAAAUAUUCCAAAAACUUAAAAUAGAAAUACUAUGUUCUAGUACAUGUUCUUUUUCCAUUGUUGAACUAUUUGAAGAUAUUUUAUAUUUGGCUGAGUGGUCAAACUAUGUAGUUUGUAUUUCUAUAUAUUUUUUCUUAUGCUGAUAGGGCACAGAAGUGCACAACUUAAUACCAAACCAGUAUUUGGAAGGUGCGUGUGGGAGGUAUGUGGGGCAAGUGGGGUGGGAGAGAGAGUUUGAUACAUUUCAUUAGCAACUGCAAAUGGGGAGAUGUAUUUUUUUAAUUACGUAAACUUAAAUUUAAACUGACAGACGUUUAAACGUGAUUAGGACUUUUAUAUAUGGUUAGCCU